AUGGCAGGACCUAAAUCUGCCGCUAUACAAAUAAGGGCACCUAAUGCUAAUCCCAGUAAUGUCAAAGAGCAAGAGAAGGGGAGGGAUAGUCCUGUUUCGGCUGAAAAGAAAAGGGAAACGCCUCAGAGAAUAUGUAGGAAUGUUAUGAUAUAUGGAUACUGCAAGUUUCAAGAUUCAGGUUGUGUUUAUUAUCAUCCACCUCCCGGAACAGAUCCGAAUGUGAUCAAUACACCCGCAACGGGAAGCCCAGCAAUGACGAACCCCACACCGUUGUCAAAAGAACCUAAACCAUCAUUCGGCUUAGGAGCAGAACAUCUCUCAGCACCUGUUUUCGUACCCAAGACACCAAUGGGUGACAAUCCUUCUCCUAGAGCUACAACACCUUCUUUAGCACCUUCCACCAUCCAAGUUCCGUCUGCCCCUUCUCCCGCUCCUCCCCCUACGAUGGCCCAAAUACCUAAUUGGCCAAAUCUGGGUAACCAAGGUGGUAUUAUCCCCAGACAGGAUAAUUCAUUGUCAUUCGACGACUCAAUGAUCUCAAUGGAUCCUUCACAGUCUUCGGCAAUGGAUGGAAGUAUGUUUAUGCAUCAACCCAUACGGCAGCCUCUCGAUCAACAUCUUUACGUUUCACCAUUACCUCAUCUAACGAAUCCACCUGUAUCACAUCAUCCUCUACAUUCAUUCUUUAUUCCAGAUGAUUUACGUCGAAAUUUGCAGGCGAAACAUGAUGCUACUUAUUUAGGUUCACAAUCAGGGUCAUCACCUGGAUUACCUUCUGAACUAGGAAUAUAUCAUUCUCUUCAAUUGCUUGGACAAAGUCAAUCUGGAAAUUCACCUCCAAGUAAAGUUUACGCUCAUCCAGCUCCUGUAUAUAAGGCCGUCAGUAGCGUUGAUGGUAAUGUCUACUGCUUAAGACGAAUAGAAGGAUACAAACUUGUCAAUGAAGCGGCUUUUGGUGCUGUUGAUACUUGGAGAAGGAUGAGACAUCCUAAUAUUGUUGGAUUGAGAGAGGCUUUCACGACUAAAACUUUCAAUGAUAACUCUUUGAUACUAGUUUAUGAUUAUCAUCCUCUAUCAACAACAAUAUGGGAUGAACAUCUUUCACCUAAUCCUCCACCACAUUCACCUUCACGUGGUCAGAGAUCAGGAAUGCCAAUACCCGAAAGAUUGUUAUGGUCAUAUAUCACUCAAAUGACCAACGCCCUUAAAGCAGUUCAUUCAUCUGGAUUAGCCGUGAGGAAUUUAGAUCCUUCAAAAGUCUUGAUCACGGGUAAAAAUAGAAUUAGGUUGAACGGUUGUGGUGUUUGGGACGUAUUAGCUUUUGAUGCCAAUACCCCUAUUGGUGUGUUUCAACAAGAAGAUCUAGUAGCGUUGGGUAAGCUCAUCAUAUCACUAUGUUGCGAUUUCUUUCAACCCGGUCAACACCCAGCUUUACCCCUCGACCAUAUCCAACGUAAUUAUUCACCGGACAUGAAGAAUUUGGUAAUGUUCUUGAUAUCGAAACCAUCACCGUUGAAAUCUAUAGAUGAGGCUAUCAAAAUUAUGGGUCCUAGAAUAUUGAAUGAGCUAGAUGCCAUGCAAAACUAUGCUGAUACAAUAGAAUCUGACCUUGGCGCUGAAAUGGAGAAUGGACGGAUCGUACGUCUACUAAGUAAACUGGGAUUCAUCAACGAAAGAGCAGAGUUUGAGCUAGAUCCAAGGUGGUCAGACACGGGAGAUAGAUAUAUUUUGAAGUUAUUUAGAGAUUACGUCUUCCAUUCUGUUGGAGUGGAUGGUAAACCCAUAUUAGAUCUAUCGCACGUUCUGACUUGCCUGAAUAAACUCGAUGCAGGAUUAGAUGAGAGAAUUAUGUUAAUCUCUAGAGAUGACCAAAGUUGUUUAGUGGUCAGUUAUAGGGAAAUCAAACAUUGUAUAGAAGCUGCUUUCAAUGAGUUGAGGAAUACUGGAAACCCCCACAGAGUACAUCGGUAG